GGGGGAAGGUAACGAAUUAGGGAAACACAGAUAAUGAAUUUCAUUCUCAUAAAUCAUCGUUUUUUCAAUUUAUCAGAGAAUGGAAUUAGCGGAUCGAGCAGUUGGCUUCCUAUUAACUUUUACCAGUUUAUCCAUUUUCACAUAUUACACGUUUUGGGUCAUCAUCCUGCCAUUUGUGGACAGUGAUAACUUCAUCCACAACUAUUUCCUACCCCAGGAAUAUGCCAUACUGAUCCCCGUGUGUGCUGGUGUGGUGCUUCUUUCUCUCCUCUGCAUAUUUAUUGGGUUGGUGCUGCUCAAAUCCAAGAAGAAGAAGGCUUGAAGCUUCGUGUUCUUAAAACAUGCCCUAGGUAUAGAUUUCCUUGUUUUCUUCUCUUGGAAUUUUAGUUUUGAGAUAAGAAUUGUGUUCAGGAUAUCUUAAUUUGCUAAGAUUGUUGAACUUUUGCACAACUGUCAUUGAUUUUUCUGGCUAA